AUGCUGGGAAAGUUCCUUGCCGACACCAAACCCGACAUAGAAAAUGGUAAGUGGACACUGAUAGUUUCAUGAUUACUAAUUGGUUUCAGGUAAAGACAACUCGAUAUGCCACAUAUGCAGUGACACGGCAACCGGACGACACUACGGAGCCAUCGCUUGCAACGGAUGCAAAGGAUUCUUCCGGAGGACCGUUCGACGGAACUACGACUAUCACUGCAGAUUCGAGUCGAAAUGUGAGAUUGACAAACGUAAGUUUAGACCAAUUUCAUGCAACUCGAAAAUUCAUUUUUUGCAGAUAACCGUGCCGUUUGUCGAUACUGUAGGUUCAUGAAAUGUAUCUCUUCGGGAAUGAGAGAUGACCAAGUACAAAGCGAAAGGGAUGUGAUAGGAAAGAGGUAGGUCUUUGAAAAGAUCCGAUAUGGGGGACAGAGAAAACUUUUACAAAAUGAUACAUUACGUAUGAGAUUUGAGAUUGAGCACUAAAUAACUAUUUAGCGCAAAAAAUAUCUUCUGGGUUAGAGCUUUUCUCAGAAAUUCGCAUUAUUUGAGUUGAAAAAUCGAAUAAUCUUUAUUUUCAGAGAGAAAAAGGACGUUCUGAAAACAUAUGUACACGAAUCACCUCCGCGUGCUUCUCCCGAAUUGUUAUCUCCAAGCGACGAGUACGAUUUGUUGCUGGAAAGUUUGCUGAAAUCCGAAAUGACGAUUCAAAGUCUGCGGGACACCGUGAUCACUCAAACCGGAAACGUGGAAUACACGAUGAAAUCGAAGAAUGUUGGUGAUAGACUCUAGUUCUGCUGAGUUUUCGAGGCUCUCAAAUUUCAGAGGAUGGCAAAUGCGGACAGCACGGCUACACUCAAUGAUGUUCUCAAGUCGAUGCACAGCCAACUUUUGCUUGUCAUAGAAUGGGCCAAAACUCUGCCGGAAUUCACGCAACUCUCGAGUGCGGAUCAGGUCUGAUAAUCAAGAAGUGAACAGAGAAGAACGGACAAUUUUAGGCAAUUCUUCUCAAAAACUUUGCCGGACAACACGUGACUUUAUGCGUGGCUUACCGAUCUGUGGGUGCCAAUGAUGCGCUAAAGCUUCUCAAUGAUCUCUACAUCCCGAGAGCUUCAAAGACCACACCACAUCUCAAAGAAUAGUAUGCCAAUAUUCAUACGUCUAGAAUAAACGUCGUUUUGCAGCGUCGAUGGAUUCUACCUCCGAGACUGUGAAAAAGUGAUGGAUCAACUGGUGGAGCCAAUGCGCUUUUUGAAAUUGGACAACAAAGAGUUUGUGGCUCUCAAAGCUUGUGUGCUUUUCAAUCCAGGUGUGGUUUCUGGGAAUCCGACAUGAAAAUGAACAAUAUCAAUUUCAGUCGCAACGGGACUCUCUCCAGUUGCUGCUAAUCUGGUUUUGAACGCGAGAAGAAAAAUAUUUGCCGCAUUUGAGAAAUAUGUGAAAAUCCAUAAGCCAUUGGAACCCACUCGAGUCGGAGAUUUAACAUUCUUCAUUCUUACACCUCUUUCCGUAAGAAAUGAAAGCCGUCGACAUUGAUUUCAAACAGUACAUUUACAGGUUCUGGCCAAGUCAAUUUCCGAAGAUAUAAUGUUCACGAAAGUCAGUGGAGUUGCUCGAAUUGAUGUUUUGAUGGAAGAGUUGAUUUUGGCGGAAACCGACUAUCACGAGGAGAGGCAAGGUUGGCGACUGUGCUUGUUUGGGGAGGAUUACUUUGAACGCUUUCAGACGAGACACCGUGUUCUGUAAUCAAUGAUACACCUUCCGGGAGUCAAGAGAUGUGCACAGUCAAUCCGGAUGAUAUGGCCCGAAGCUCAACUUCUAGCAACUCUCCAUCAAGCAAGUAAGUUCUUAUUGCUGCCAUUAUUGCCCUUUUGAAUUGUCAAUCAUACCUUUUAACCAUCACGAUCUGUUCACCAAUACUUUCCGCUAAUAUUCACCCUCUUGAACUUCCACAUUCAAUUGUCCGAACACCGAAAAUCUAUCGUCCGUCGUCGGACAGACACUUUGUAAUGAGCAAACACCAACAUGGUGGACGGAUUGAUCUCUUUGCGUUCGUUUAGUAAAAAGUACGGUUUGUUGACGGACACUUGCAAAAACUGAAAAUGAAAAAGCAGAGUUAGGUGUCAAGCGGGCUCAUCAAAGUGUCUGUGACGGAUUUUCCGCCUAUUUUUUACUUAGCACCAAAUAAACAGUUUGAUGUUGUUAUAGUAAACACACGAAACGUUUCAUGUGUAAGUACUGCAUUUUUUCAAUUUCCGCACAUAUCUAACACGUUAGACGGGAAUAUCACAUCAUAAUCAAAAUUGAAUUAACCGACCGAGUAUCAAAGAAAAACUGCUAACCAGACUAAUUGCUUUCUUGCAGUUCGCUCACCACCGGGCUCCUUCUCAAAACCGACGAACCUUCCGGAAUCGCAUCCGUUUUUGCUUCAACACAGUGAGCAUUAACAAGUUUAUGUUUGUGAAAACCAAUUUCAGACCGCACACUCCGCAGUUUGCUGACCCUCCACACAUGAACAUCCCGUUCUCAUUUUCUGGACUUUACUACCAGAACAACUUUUCAUAG